UCUGGCGUCCCGCCACCGGAUUGUCUCUAGCUAUCGUUAUAUUUUUAGAACAAUCGUAUUUUACUUUGUAUCCACCAUGACUACAUCAUCGGAAGAUGUUUUAAUGCAAGUGAGCCAAGUACGUUACAAAAAGGGAGACGGUACUUUGUACGUAAUGAACGAACGGAUAGCAUGGAUGCUCGAUAACAGGGAUACCGUAUCCGUCAGUCAUAAGUAUGCUGACAUUAAAUUACAAAAGAUAUCUCCAGAGGGGAAGUCAAAGAUACAAUUACAAGUAGUACUACACGACGGUACAUCAUCCACGUUUCACUUUGUAAAUAAAAAUGGGCAGGAGGCACAGAUCAAAGAUCGCGACGACGUGAAGGAGCUGCUGCAGCAACUGCUACCAAAAUUUAAGAGAAAAGUCAAUAAAGAGCUGGAGGAAAAAAAUAGGACGCUUCAGGAACAUCCUGUGCUGCUUCAGUUGUAUCGCGACUUGGUGAUCACGCAAGUCAUAUCGUCGGAGGAAUUUUGGUCGCAGCACGCCGCGGAGUAUACGCAAGCCAAAAAGACUCAACGCCAAGAAAUAGGUGUUAAUAGUGCUUUUCUAGCUGAUAUUAAACCACAAACCGACGGCUGCAACGGAUUAAAAUACAACUUAACCGUCGACGUGAUAGAGUGUAUAUUUAAGACUUACCCAGCUGUUAAGAGGAAACAUCAGGAGAACGUACCUCACAAGAUGUCGGAGUCCGACUUCUGGACGAAGUUCUUUCAGUCGCAUUAUUUUCACAGAGAUCGUAUCAACGCUGGGACCAAGGAUCUUUUUACCGAAUGUGCCAAAAUAGACGAUCAAGAACUCAAGAAAGAUCUUCAGUCUGGGAUAAACGAUCCUUUGGUAGACAUCACUUCCUUCGAGGAUCAGACGCUGGACGAGAAUUACGGCAGCGGGAGUAGUAAAUCUGAUAAAACGUCGGGCAAUAUCGUUCAUCAAAGUAUGAUCAAGAGAUUCAAUCAACAUAGCAUAAUGGUCAUGAAAGCUAGCACUGCCAGACAGUCGAUACAAACCAAUCAGCCACAAUUGAAUGGAUCUACACCGUCUGCGAGUAAAGUUACGAAUGAUGAAUCGGACGAUGGACCAAAGAUUAAAAAGCGUAGAAUACAAGAAAAGCUAAUUUAUGAUGAUCUCGAUGCAAGCUGUGACACAAAUAUAAAUAACGGAACAUCAUUGAACCUGACGCAUGUAGAUAGAUAUUUGCAUGGGCCUGUACCGGGCUACGGAAGUGCGGAAUCGACUUCCGACGAGCUGCUCGUUACGUUAAGUCAUUUAAAAAGGGAAGCUUCCGGAUGGAUAUCUGGCAACACGUUACCGCGGCAAGCAGCAACGUCCUUAGUCAGUCCGGCUGCGGCAGUGUCGGCUCUGGGUGAAUUAACACCCGGUGGAUCCUUGAUGAAAGGUUUCCGGGAAGAGAGUCUUGGACAAUUAAUACCAAAGGAUUUGGAGAAGGAGUUUCGUAACGUAUACGUGUGCGCGUGCGAGCUGUUGAGGCACUUUUGGCGAAGUUUUCCUCCGACCACGCCGCAGCUUGAAGAGAAAGCAGUCAGGAUGCAUGAUGCUUUACAUAGAUUUCAUUCUGCUAAGCUGAAACCUUUUGAGGAUCGUGUGCAAAGAGAAUUUUCCGCGGUCAGUCAACAUUUAACGAGCCACCUCAAUCAAUUGCUGAACACCGCAUACAGGAAGUUCGCGGUAUGGCAACAGCGAAAGAUGCAAAUGAGGUAGCCGUUAAAAAUCUCUUAAAACAGCAACAUAAAUAAAAAGCAGAGCAAUAUUGAUCACAUAUUGCAUUUUGUAAUAUAUACAUGUUACCGUAAUUAAAUAUUAAUAUGGAUGUAUUUUACAAAAAAAAAGAAGAAAAACCAAAGCUACGCCGGGUCAUGCAUCCUAUGCUGCCACAUAUUGUGUUUAUUUAUUAUUUUAAACGUGCUUACGACUACUUUCCGAACUACUUCUGCAGAUCCAUCAGCAUUUGAAUUCAAUCGCAGCUGAUACGUCAAUUCGCAACCAUCCUCAUAAUACGUAGUUUAUAGCUUAUUUAUUUGUCUUAAGAUUUUAUACUACGUUCGAACGCAUAGGCUUGCUUGAAACGCACGAAUAUUCUAAAGCCAUCUAUGUUCCCGGGAAAUAAUUAAUUUUGUAAAUCUUUACGUGAAAGGAGGGUAUAUAGUUGCAUAUAAUUAUCCAACGUUUACAACAUGCGGCUAUUUUUCAAUCCAAUUGCGAAAUCACAAGAAAGAACGAAUUUGCGCGCGCAAAUAUUGUACGAUAUCAAAAUAACUGUGAUACCGCCACUGUACAACAGUCACAAGCUCGUUAAUAUACUUUUGCCCUUGCCUCGAUAACGCCUUCGUGAUUAUAAUCCAUUUCGAUUAUAUAUCGUUUUGUUGACGUGUGUGAAACAGCGAUUUGUGAUUUAUUAAUUUAUUUUUUGAUCUCCUUAUUUUUGUAAGCAAUGGUUGAAAGAGCGAGAGAGAGAGGGAGUGAGAGAGAUACGAUUCCUUAUCGCAAUCACAAGUGAUCCAUACUUGGUAAAUUUGAAUCUCUAAAUACGUCUUGAAUACUAUACAUAUGCGAAUCUUCCUAGAUUUCAUUGUUCACUUUACUUUUAUCAAGGACAGUGGCAUUGGUAUACUUUGUACGAUAUCUGCGAUAUACUCAACUAAGUGUCUUAAUUGUCGAAUCCUAUUUUUCCUUUUGUAUUACUGGGUAAGGCGAUCUUUACGUGACUUUUCAUAAACUGCCUACUCGGUCUCUACUGUAGCAAUAAUUUUGUAGUUAUUAAACAAAAGAAGCAGAUGAUGUGUAUAUAUGUACGUGUGGUAUAUGUGCAUGAUGUACAUAUAUAUACAUAUGCAUAUCUCGCAGAGUAACAAGCGGCCGUAUACUCGCGCGCGCGUUACACUAUUAUGAUUAUAGCUAGGAUAUAUAAUGAUUAUAUUCUUACAUUAUGAUUAUAAUAAAUGUUAUUAUUGUGAUUA